UCCCGCGUGAACCCGGCACAGAUCAAGAAGGCGGUGGCGGCGCUCGCCAAGCACCUCGAGAAGGUUAAGGCCGAGGGCAAGACGCAGCUCUUCGAGGAGGACGGCGACGGCGACUACUACAGCGUGAUGCUGUCCACCCGCAGGGUGCCCCAGAAGGGCAGCAACAAGCUGGUGCCGGUGAAGAUCCCCAACCCGCUGCUCAACCCCGACAAGACGGAGAUCUGCCUCAUCGUGAAGGACCACCAGGGCGAGGGUCACAAGGAGGCGAAGAAGAAAGUGGCGGACAUGGAGGCGUGCGGCGUCGCCAAGGUGCUCGGCAUCUCCAAGCUCCGCAACAACUACAAGCCCCACGAGGCCAAGCGCCAGCUGUGCGACUCCUACGACCUCUUCUGCGCGGACGCCAGGGUCCUCCCCAUCCUCCCCAAGCUGCUCGGCAAGUCAUUCUUCAAGAAGAAGAAGCAGCCCGUGCCCGUGGACCUCACGAAGAAGGACUGGGCGGCACAGAUUCGCAAGGCGGCGGCGGCGACGUACGCGCACAUGGGCGCGGGCACGUGCAUCCACGUCAAGGUGGGCACCAGCGGCAUGGAGGUGACCAAGGUGGCGGAGAACGCGAUCGCCGCGAUCGACGACCUCGUGCAGCACGUGCCCCGCAAGUGGUCCAACGUGCAAUCGAUCUACAUGAAGACCAACGAGUCCGUCGCGUUGCCGGUGUACAACGCCCUGCCG